ACGAAAAUAUCACAAGAUUUAUUGUUUCAAAACAGAUAUAUUACUGAUUAACUACAACUUAUUAUAUAAAGCUGAAUUUUAUAUUGUGCUUAUUUACUUAUUUAUUUAUUAAUUAAAACGCCAUGGAUACUGGGCCGAAACAGAGACGAGAAAUGAACCCUCGCUAUAAAGCAAACCUAUUUUCUAUUCUUACAUUCGGUUGGACGUUGGAAACAUUUAAGCUUGGUUACAGUCGCGACAUAAAGGACGAUGAUCUUUACGCACCAUUACCCGAACAUCGGUCUAACAUUUUAGGUGAUGCUGUUCAAAAAGCAUGGGAUCUUGAAGUAAAUAAUGCCCGACUACAUGGCGAAGGCGUAAAACCUAGCUUAUGGAGAGUUAUUUUUAAAGUAUUUGGGACCGAACUAAUGUUAUAUGGUCUGAUACUAGCCGCUAUGGAAUUUUUAAUAAGACUACAGCAACCGCUCUUCUUGGGUCUUUUAUUGAGAUAUUAUAGUUCAAUUCAAGACAUGAAUAAUUCAACAUCUAGUUCCACCUACGUAUUUCGUCUAUUCACUUACUACGAUACGAAAAGCAGCAUAUCAUGGGGCGAAGCCGUAUUCUUUGCCUUUGGAAUCGUAUUUUGCAGUACUUUCAACAUUAUGGUCCAACACCCAUUCAUGAUGGGCGUUAUGCAUAUAGGAAUGAAAAUGAGAAUAGGCGUAUGCAGCCUUAUUUACAGAAAGGCGCUCAAAGUUAGCUUGCAAGCUAUGUCUGAGAGUAGCGCUGGGCUCGUCGUCAAUCUCAUGGCAAACGAUGUUAAUAGAUUUGAUACUGGACCAUUAUUCGCACAUUAUCUCUGGAUCGGACCAGUAGAGACUUUGUUAAUGACGGUGUAUCUGUAUAGAGAGAUGGGCAUGGCGGCGGUUUACGGCUCACUCAUUAUUGCCGCUGUUAUUCCUUUUCAAAUAUUUCUUGGCACAAGAACAGCUCACUAUAGAAAAGGAACGGCGUUGAAAUCAGAUGAAAGAGUAAGACUCAUGAAAGAAAUUAUAAUGGGCAUGGAAGUAAUAAAAAUGUACACAUGGGAACAACCAUUUAGGAAAAUUAUUGAUAUUGUGAGACGGCAAGAAAUUUAUAACAUCAAAAUGACUUCAUAUAUUCGUGGUGUGAUAAUGUCCUUUAUAAUGUUUACCUCUCGUUUCGGAAUUUUUAUCACCGUUUUGCUUUAUGUAACUUAUGUGAACCGUAUAACCGUGGAGAAUGUAUUCUUUCUGACUUGUUACUACAACAUUAUGAAGCAAACUAUGACGUUGUUCUUUCCACAAGCUGUGGGCCAAAUUGCUGAGAUGAUUGUAGCAGUCAAAAGAAUCAGAGACUAUUUAUUGAGUGAAGAAUGCCAUCUACCACAGCGACGGAGGCUUGAACAGCCACCUAUUGUUUCACCAAAAAAACGAGUUACAAUCCUUGAUCCUACACGUCCACGUCACGUCGUGCAUCCUGUAGAACCUAGCACAUCAAGGGGGAAACCAAAGAAUAAAGUAAAAGAACUCAACAAAAAUGAAAUUGCUAUAAAAUUUGAAGACGCUUGCAGCCGAUGGAUAAAAUCUUCGAACAAGGAUGAUGUUGAAGAUAUUAAUUUAACGAUUUAUUGCGGUUCUUUAACUACAGUAAUCGGAGCUGUAGGUUCUGGAAAAUCCACUAUUCUUCACAUGAUACUAAGAGAACUGCCUUGUUCUUUGGGUAAUGUCGAGAUUAAUGGAGAAGUGAGCUAUGCCAGUCAAGAUCCAUGGCUUUUCGUUGGUUCAGUUAGGCAAAAUAUAAUUUUUGGACAACCUUUCAAUAAGUCAAGAUAUAUGGAAGUAUGCAAAGUCUGUGCCCUUGAGAGGGAUAUUUCCCUAUUUCCACACGGUGACAAAACUGUAGUGGGAGAGCGUGGGGUUUCUUUGAGCGGAGGACAACGAGCAAGAAUAAAUUUGGCCAGAGCUGUUUAUAAAGAAGCAGACAUAUAUCUACUGGAUGAUCCCCUUUCGGCGGUCGAUACACAAGUUGCCAAGCAUAUAUUUGAAAGAUGCCUCAAAAGGUUUCUCGGAAACAAAACAGUAGUUCUGGUGACACAUCAGUUGCAAUUCAUAAAAUUUGUCGAUCAAAUUGUAAUUAUGCACAAAGGCCGGGUACUUGCAGAAGGCGCCUUCGAUGAACUAGAUGAAAAUGAAUUAAAACUAAUACAACUAAUGAAAGAAAAAGUGAGAGAAGUUCAUGAAGGUGAAAAUGUGUCUAACAUACAAAGCACUUCAAUGAUUCAACCGAGUACUAUGAGUUUACACAGACGCGUAUAUUCCUUGAUAUUUGACACCAGUUUUGCAGAUCAAAAAUUAGAAGCAGAAGCUCAAACGAUAGGGCGAGUUCAUGGUUCUGUGUACAAGGAAUAUUUCCAUGCCGGUGCAGCGUGCCCAUACGUUGUAUUGGCUUUCUUUAUGUUUUUUGUGGCUCAAUUUUGUGCGAGCGCUUGUGAUUACUGGAUAAGCCGUUGGAGUGAAGUUGAAGAUAAAUUAACUGGCGAUAGUACUAUGGAUCGCAUUGUGUGGUCUGAGCAGGGACUCGUUAGAAGGGAUUUUGUCCUUAUAUUUGGCAUCAUUACAUUGACAACUAUUGCUAUUGCUUUGAUAAGAGCUUUCUUAUUUUUUUCUCUGUGUAUGAAGAGUUCUAUUAGAUUGCAUGACAAAAUGUUUGAGCGCAUAUCAAGAUCGCCGAUGAGUUUCUUCAAUGUAAAUCCUUCUGGCCGAGUUUUAAAUCGUUUUAGCAAAGACAUGGGCGCUGUAGACGAACUGUUGCCCCAAGCUAUGAUUGAUUGCUUCCAAAUAAUAUUAAACUUAUUCGGGGUAAUCAUUGUGAUAUUGAUGACGGAUAUUACAUUACUAAUACCAAUAGCUGCAGCUCUUAUAAUAUUUUAUAUUUUUCGACUAAUUUACAUACGAACUAGUGGUGCUGUAAAAAGACUAGAAGGAAUCACUCGCAGCCCGGUCUUUGGACAUUUAAAUGCCACGGUUCUAGGAUUAGCAACGAUUCGUUCAUUUGGAACCGAGCAUCUCUUAGUCGUCGAGUUUGAUCGUCACCAAGAUCUCCACAGCGCCGCGUGGUACUUAUUCAUCACGUGCAGCCGAGCCUUCGGAUACUUUCUUGAUGUCAUCUGCUUGCUAUUUAUUAUCUGCGUGACUUUUAGUUGCUUGAUGAAAACUGAUAUUGAAGGCAGUAAUGUUGGACUUGCAAUUACCCAAUCAAUAUCCCUAACUGGAAUAUUUCAGUGGGGCAUGCGUCAAUCCGCGGAAAUGGAAAACCAAAUGACAAGCGUGGAAAGAGUUUUAGAGUACACUGGAUUACCACAAGAGGCAGCAUUAAGAAGCGACCCUGAGAAGAAACCACCUGCAGAAUGGCCAACAGAAGGCGCAAUACAAUUCAAUAAUCUGAGUUUGAAAUAUUCACCGGACGGAAACUGUGUUUUGCAUAAGCUUCAAAUGAUGAUUCAACCCCAAGAAAAGAUUGGUAUAGUCGGCAGGACGGGGGCGGGAAAGUCGUCAAUAAUACAAGCAUUGUUCAGAUUGGCGUACUUGGAAGGGGCUAUUAUAAUCGACGGCAUAGACAUUACAACUAUAGGGCUACAUGAUUUGAGAGAAAAAAUAUCGAUUAUUCCACAAGAACCAGUUUUAUUUAGCGGUACAAUGAGAAAGAAUUUGGAUCCAUUUGACAACUAUUCAGAUGAAGUAUUGUUGAAAGCGCUUGAGAAUGUGGAAUUACAAAAUGAGGACGAGGGAAUCGGCGCCUUAUACAAAGAAGUAGCGGAAGGUGGUUCUAAUUUCAGUGUGGGAGAACGUCAACUCGUGUGCCUGGCGCGCGCCAUUGUUCAUGACAAUCGCAUAUUAGUACUCGAUGAGGCGACUGCUAACGUUGACGCACAAACUGACGCACUUAUACAAACAGCGAUUAGAGAACAUUUUAGAACGUGCACCGUGCUCACUGUGGCUCACAGGCUGAACACUGUUAUUGACUCUGAUAAGAUCUUAGUUUUAGACGCUGGCCAUCUCAUGGAGUUUGACAGUCCCCACAUACUACUGCAGAACAAAAAGGGGUAUUUUCGCAAGAUGGUUGCCGAGACUGGGCCGGCUAUGGCACCUGUACUUCAUAAACUAGCAGCGGAGAGCUACAAGAAAAUGGGAAAAACUCAAUGAUAACAACACUUAUAAAUAAUAUACUUUAUUUGAUAUAUUAAUGUUGUGUUGCACAAUAAAUAUACUUGCACAUCGCACAAUCAUUUCAUAAUAAACGAUAAACAGGCUUAAAAAUAACGAUAAUACUUUACAAAAUCAGUUGGUGAAGCACUGACGCAUUUUGUAACUCUAAAUAACCAACUCUAAGAAAUAACAUACAUACAUUAUGCGCAUAACCAGUUAUGAUUAGCAAAAAAAAUACGUUAAAUAAAAAUGAGCACUGAUUGAAAAUAAAAUAUUUCAACCGAA